ACUUUUCAACACCGGGAGCGUAUGGGUGAUCAGUUUCCUUCGGGAGGGCUAUCCUUCAAGGGUCUGAAGUCCUGGGUGGGAGGAGCGGGGUCAGCGGGAGCGCGGGGCGUGUCGCUCGCGCCGCCCAUCGCCGUUAUUUAAGCAGCGCGCGCGCAAGCGGGCCGGGCAGCCGGAGCCCGCGCACAGUCCCGCCGCGACGCCGAUAGCCGCUACCUCGGAGUUCGCGCGUUUCACCCGGCAUCUGUACGGCCUUGGCAUCGUCUCCAAACCAGCUUGCAUUCGUUUCUGCAUAUAAGCGGCAGCAGCAUGCUUAUCAACUGUGCGGUGCUUUUGGUGGCGGCGUGGGCGCUGCAGCCCACAGAGACCGCCACGGCCGCCAGCGUCAAGCUGUGCGGACGCAAGCUCAGCGAGAUCAUGAGCAGGGUCUGCCACGUCUACAAUAGCCCCUCCUGGGGUGACCCCACAGUAGUAGAGCAGCCGGGCACGCGUCGGAAGAGACAGGCCGGCAUCGCGGACCAGUGCUGCACCUUCGGGUGCACCUGGGAGCAGCUCAACGAGUACUGCGCAAUCAGUUCUAAUUCGGAGUCAGCGUUGAGCGAGCUGCAGGCCCACAUGCUGGAGACGCGAGGCACGGAGCACAAGCGCGAGGCGGAGCGGCAAGCCGCGCCGGCGGAGACGCCGCCCGAGGUGGGACGCCGCCCUCGCGGGUACGGGCGCAGGAGGGGCCGUUGUUGGUGCCGGCGCAAGCGGCGCACGGGCCGACGGCGUACUCUCAUGGGUAACAUGAUACGAGACCAAAUCAAUAACAGACCCGAUCCCAUCGUGGGAACCGUGUCCCCAGUGCUGACGUGGGGCCGCACCCUCAACACCGACCUGCCGCCCAUGGAGCGCGACCGCUACAACUACAUCGCCGUCAACUCCUAAAAAAUAUAUCUAUUAAAGACUAGAGUUUUAACUUGUCAGAGCAUAACGGAAGCUUGCGAUGUAACUGGAGGCGACGAGAAUCAUGCGUCUUAACUCAGCGCUAGCCACGACACAUUGACGUGUUUACCGGGAAACGGUGUCGGCUACUACGUAGCGCUACGACCGUAGCUUAACAGUGAAUGGGUGAAAGAGGGCUGCCUGAAGUGCCUGAUUUAAAAAUGUCGCGUGUCAUCUUCAUGACGGUGUCAUGCAAAUCUGUCAUAUAAAUAUAUAUGGAACAUAAUUUCGAUAUUUAAAUCAAUUUUUCUAGUGGUAGUCAACGCAUAUUGUAAUGGUGCGGCAUACCGCAUAUGUCAUAACAUAUUAUAAUUAGGUAUCAAAUAUGGAAGGUAGAGGAAAGGAACAAAAUCUCCAUAUACCAAAAAGUGUCAAAUAGGUGGCGCUACAAUACCUAGAAUAUUGAGAAAAGAAUCGAAUCAUAGACAGCGCACUUCACUCCGUCAAUAACGCCUAGGUUCUUAUAGCUACUCUAGCGCUACUGUUGAGAGAUUUGGAACUAUUUUAUAGCUGACAGCUGGACACUUUUGCAACAAUCUGCCUAAGGAGUUUCUGUUCCUUGCCUGUACCUUCCAUAGUAUCAAAGCUUGACAAAUGUCAGGUCACAUUUGUUCUUGAGUGCCUAUUCGGUUCACUAUUGCUGUAUCAGGGCAUCAGCGUUGCCACCGGUGUGUUGCUGUUUGUGGUCGUAUUGUUCAACUCGCUCAUUUUUGGCGCAUGCUUUGCGCUUUGCCAGUGAACCGAAUGUGCCUAUAUUUAGCUAAUAUUGAAAUAAUGAUUUAACAGUAAUUACAUUUUUGAAGGGUACGCAAUAAAACACUCGGUACCUAGGUUUCUAGCAAUUGCUUGUAAAACUAAAAAUAUAGUAAUUAAUGAAGAUAGAACAGCCACCUAGAAAUAUAAUUUUAUUGCAAUUGAUUUGCUAGUAGGUAUUAAUUUUAUAUUAUAUCGAAUCUAUUUAUAUUAACAAAAGUUUUAAAUUAUCAAUAUCAGGAUAAUUAAUGUCAAAUGGAAUUUUACAAUAGGCACUAUAGCUAUCGUAAAUUUAAAAAAACCGGUCAAGUGCUAGUUCGUUUCACUCGCGCACCGAGGGUUCCGUACAAACUUUGAAUUAUCUCGUGUAAAGGUGAAAGACUUUUGAUCAGAAGUACCUAUACCAAAGAGAAUUUGUAAUAGAGGUCAAAGAAAACUUUGCAGUCACAGUAAAUUUACUGCCAUCUUUCGACACGAAAUGAAAAUUUUUUAGAACGCCAUUUGACCUUGAUCCUUAUUCUUUCACUGAUAUGUGUUAAAUUUGUUAAAUAUCAAAAACUGGCGCCAUCUACCAGAGCAAAGGUUAUGGCGCCAUCUACCAGAGCAAAAGUUAUGGCGCCCUUACUCGAAACAGUGGCGCCAUACCUUUGGCCUAUGAUCUAUUAGAUGGCGCCACUUUUUGAAAUUGCUAACUUUCCGCGAACAGUUUUAACUAUUUAGAAUAAACUGUUAUUAAGGAUAAAAUGUAGUGUAGGUGCCUAUAUUGACAUGUGUGAUGUGUUCAAUAGUCAUUAUUAUAUAUAUCUAAUAAUUAAUUACUUGAGGUCUCCAUAAAUUCGGUCAAUUAGGCAAGCAGCAAGUAGGAACUUUAUACCUCUCUAAACAGUUAUAUUAUAAUUCACAGAAAAUAAUUAUAAUUUUUAGCCAUGUAUGAACUUGUACAAGAAUAAUAAUUAAGAGGGAUGGUAUUGAUCUAUCAUGCACUGUGCAUAUAUCAUCCUUUAUAAUAAUAGUUCAAAUAAUCUAUAGUUCUAUUCUAAUGUAACAAAUAACUUCUAUAAUAUAAGGUUCAAAGAUCUCUAAAGCAUCUGUGAUAAUUCCAACAUCUUUAAUUUAUAAAUAUUUUGUAGAAUCACCAUAAUUGUGUAGCAUAAAGUAUUUUCCUUGGCAUGAUAGCAAAUGUAUUGUAUUUUAUUCUAAGUAAUUAAAUUAAAAUAGGAACCAAUUUGGCUGAAGUGGAUACUGUAAUAGAAAAAUCAUCCUCAUGUACAUUCUCUUAUUUAAUAUUUCAUUAAGCAUUUAAGCAAUAUUAGUUAAAAUAAAAUAAUACAUGGUAUGAACAAA